CGAGGGGGUGUCGACCGGCGGCGUUGUUGAUCGUUGGGAAAAACUCAUCGCUUGGGCGAAAUUCAUACCGCUGCAGUCCGCGGACCUAUCCGCGCCGCGUAUCUACACGGAUUUUUAUUUGUCGCCAAACGGUCGGCUGUUGUGCGAAAAGUCCAGUGUCCGUGACCGGAUUAAUAGUGUUUCGCCAACGAAUAAUACUACAUACCAAAUAGACAUCAAAUUAGGAUGGUGUUACUGGUGCGAGGCGUGGUUCAAGACGAACCACCGCCGGACACGAGGACGCUGUAUCUCAACCACCCUGUACUCCGAGAUUCCGCAUCACAACUGCUCACCAUCUCCACAAAAGUCGUCGGGCCCAUAGGGCUUCUUUACGUAUGUCAACGAGAGAUGGCCGUGACCGUACCACAUGACAAAAACGUGUCGAUCAUUGGUUCUGAUGACGUUACCACUUGCAUUAUUCUUGUACUCCGGCAUACCGGUUCCGGUGCUGUGGGAUUUGCUCAUCUUGACGGUUCAUGUACCGAGGAAUGUGUGGUUAACAUGGUACACAGGAUCCAAGAACUGUCCAUGGGCUUCCCUGACGGUCGACUGGAAAUGUCUCUGAUUGGCGGAUUCACUCACGUGUUGCGUUAUGGCGAACAAGUGUUUUAUAGUCUGAUGGUUGCUGUUCACAAACAUCAAUCCGAAAUCGAACUUGUACUCGCGUGUGUCGGAGAACUCAACACCAUUAUGCGGAACAACGUCCACUGGCCGCUGCUUUACGGAGCGGGAGUUAUGGUCAAGAGCGGCGAAGUGUUUCCAGCCAACUUUCCAGACAAAGGUCCCGAACAACCUCUAAGACUAGCCCGGCUGUUCACAGGCCUGCAACCGGUGUUAGACGUGUAUGACUGCAGCUUGGGUCUAUUGAGAAUUGGACCGUUCAACUACGAACCUAUGCGCAGUGUUGACUUGUGGCUCCAGCAGUCCGACGAAUUCAUCCUACAAGCUUUGUCGACUACGCCCGACGUUGAACCACCGCACACAGUCAUGGCUAUAAGAGCCUCCUUAAAAUACGUUCAAGAUCAUCCGUUUCCGGCAGUUACAGUGUUCAGGGAUAAUCGACCGUUAUACUAUAGACGAGAUGAACACUCUGGAACGUGGACUCCGUUUCGCUAUUAAGGUAAUACGAAUUUCUAUCUCGACAAUCCAACUUUAAAACGAAAGUGUCAAAUAAAUGUUUGUAUGUGACAUCGAUGAUUUGGUAACAUUCAAACGUAUAAUAUCAUUGAAAAAAAAAUACCAGUGAUAGUUUUUAUUAUUUAUAACAUUCCAUUUCGUUUGCCCUAAUCUUGUGUUUUAUAAGCUGUUCAUUUUUAUUUUUUUAUUUGUAAGUGCCUUUAUAGUUAAAUUACAUUUUUUUAAAAGCUGUUUUCGUAAUUUUUAGAAGCUAAUGGAGAACUUAAAAACACUUAAGUAAAUUAUAAUAUGUAUUAAGUUUUAACUGUGGUAAUAUUAUAUUUUAUGUUGUACGAUGAAAUAAUCAA